AUGUCCUUCAAGGCCAAAAACCUCUCUUAUGACGCAAAGGAACCGGCCUUUCUGCAACGCCUCCGGAAUCAAUAUGGAAAUAACACAGGACGUCUGGAACGUCCGAUGACGCGACCCCGGAAACCGAAGGAUGCCAAUGUCGAUGAUGACGAACCCACCUACGUCGAUGAAGAGACCAACGAAGUAAUCUCCAAAGAGGAGUACGAGGCUCUCGUGCGCGCUGAGGAGACUUCGAAGGAAGGUCCGGCGGAAGAUGGAGAAACCCCGUCGAGGGUGGAUCAAGAUGGGAAAUCAACAACGGAGAAAGAAGCCCCCGCAUCAAAGCAGGCUAUCGCAGAGAUUGGAGGACCAAAGAAGCGGAAACAAGCCAAGGUUGUUGGUGAUGACCAUCCUCCAGAGGAGAGUGAGGAUCUCCCGCGGAAAGACGCUGGGUCGCGGAAACCCAAGCAGAAGAAAAAGAAAAUCAAGCUCUCUUUUGAUGAAGAGGCAUAA